AUGCGCAAUUGGAAUUAUAAUAUCACGGAUAUGAUAUUUCCAAUGCUGUACCUUUGUAUGAUUCCAAAUGCAAUCGCUUCAAACACAACUUGCAGUGAUCUCGUGUACAUGAAAAUUAAAUACAAUGCCACAUUAAUAUAUGGAUACUCUGGUUUUUCGUCUUCUAUAGCAUCUGUACGCAAAUGUUUAGAACUCUGCAGAGACGAUGUUUUAUGUAAAUCAGUUGGUAUUGACACCAGUAAAAUGGAUUGUUAUUUAUAUGAUGGUAGAGUUUAUGCUGGAUUACCAGGAACAGUCAAUACAGAUAUGAUAUAUUACUGGCAGCUAGAAGUUGAAUGUCCUGUACAUCUUGGAAACAGUGAAGAUUCUACCAGUAAAAUAUAUAUUGAAUGUCCUGUACAUCUUGGAAACAGUGAAGAUCCUACCAGUAAUAAAUAUACUGAAUGUCCUAUACAUCGUGGAUACAGUCAAGAUCCUAUUAGCAAAAUAUGCAGUAAAUUUUACUCCGACAUUGUAAACUGGACUCAUGCUCAGGAAAUAUGCGAGAUGGACGGAGGGCAUUUAUUUGUAGCGGAUACAACGGAGAAGAUAGCUAUCCUUCGGGCGCAAUACUUAAUUGGAGCAACAGAUAUUUUACAAGAAGAUGAUUGGAAUUGGUUGAACGGUGUUCCUGUUGAUGAAAAUCUAUUUGCAUCUACACAGCCAUCUAAUACAAGGGAUGAUGAGCAUUGCUUAGCAAAGUAUAGAUCUGGUUUAAACGACGUUCCUUGUCAUGCAGGUUUUAAAUUCAUUUGUGAAGUUCCUACAAAUAUAGCUUUCAACCAAUAA